UAUUCAAAAUUAUUCAUAAGCAUCACAAGUCAAAGGAAAGAGUGACUUGUAAUUGCGAAAUCUUUGACUAUUUGAUGCUCGUACUUCUUUGAAAGGUCCUACUUACGUGUUGUCUUUAUUUAUGUUCAGUUGUUUUUAAUUCGUAGGUAAUUUAAAAUAAUAAAAUUAAAAUGGAGUGGUGCAAGUUCUAUUCAGGCACAUUAGUAGUUCUGUUAGUGUUUCAUUUCAGUGAAGUGAACAGUCAAGAGACAUUGUUCGAAUUACCGGUACAAUUAGUCGGUUUUCCUGUCAUUACAGCUAGUGUUAGGUUAACUAACUUUCUUAAAAAACUGACCUAUUCUCUCAGUCCAACAACCUACCGAUCUCGCAAUCGUCGUCAAUUGUCAUUUUCGAGUGACGUUGCUGAACCUUACGACGUGCAAGAGGUUGAGAAGUAUAUAGUCGGCGAGUUCGGCGCACGAGCAUGCGUGUUCGAGCGCGUGUGCGCACACUACGCGGCGCGGGCGCAGGCCCAGCCGAAACCGCAGUUGGACUGGCCAGACGUAUUCAGCCAGUACAAGCGUUCAACGGACCAGGCAAAGGAGUUCUAUUUGCUGAGCGUAUUCCUUGGUGACAUCGUGGGAUCACCACAGCUAUGUCAUCAGCUCGGGAAACGAAGAGGUUGUGAUGUUGCCCAAUUAGGAGCGUAAACCAAAUAAAUUUCAAUUAUUUAGUUUUAAUUAGUAAAAAAAAAGUUGUUUCACCGAAUGGUAAAUAUUAUUAAUGGAUAAUAGUUUUUAUAUUUUAAUAAUCUUUCUAUAAGUGUAAAAUAAUGUAAUACGCCUUGGUAUUUUUGUAAUUAGUAAAUUAUUUUAAAUAUUUUUUAGUAUUAAAGGGAAAGUGAGAUAUAAAAAACCACAUCAAUAAAUGGUGAUCUAGUGUAAUAUUAACGACUCAUAAUAAAGUCGUUAUUUUAGAAUAAUUUAGUAAUAAUUAUGACAUUGUUAGUUUAUAGAAAGUGUAUCCAAUGUUUGUAAGAAUUACAAUGUUUAAUUAUUUUUAAGUAACACGCGCGCAUUAUUAAUUACCUAUGUAGAUUUUUAGUACGUUUACUAUUAAUAUUUUAAUAGAUUUUAAAUUGAUUAAUUAGGUUUUAAUUAUUAUAGCAUUUCGUGUGCAUUCUACAGUGAUGUCAGAAUCUAAAGAAUUCCUUUAUACCAGUUGUCCAACGAACAGACUAAUGUGUAUUAAUAGCCUUUAUGUAUACUUAUACAGUGAACGCUCUAUAUAAAAAAAAAUCUUUUAAAAGUUGUUUAUAGGGGAAAAAGGAGUAUAAAAAUAGUUUAACGUCUAGAAAAUAUUUUUACUUAUUUCUUUUACUAACUAAACUGAGUAGAAUAAAUAAAAUAUAAAGAAUGUUGCUUAUAUUAGAGCGUUCACUGUAUAUUGCACUAUACUUAAAUGCAAUUCAUAAUUUUAUAAAAAAAUUAAUCAUAACUAGGCCCAGGUACAUACAUUGGCUCCUAUGUUAAAUUGGGUAUGGGCAUGCAUACCUAAAUAUCGUCAUUUAUUUAUUAUCAAAUUUCAUCCUAACAUUACUAUUUUGUUAUUAUCUAUGGUAGCGUUAAUAACGUAUGACAAGAACCAUAAAUUUUUCUUUCUUGUUUUUACACUUUUUGUAUCAUUUUUUUUUGUACAACUUAGUACGGCAAACAAGCUGACGGCCCACCUGAUGGAAAGUGGUAACCGUCGCCUAUAGACAUGAGCAGUACCAUGGACAUAACAGAGUAUACUGUUUCGCCCAUGAUACCUCCCAUGCGUUGCCAUUCCUGAGGAAUCAGGUGUUAUUCCUCUGUACCCUGUAAAUUCACGCCAUAUCCCACCCUUCAAACCGAAGCACAGCCAUGCAAACACAACUGCUUCACGGUAGAAACACGAAUGGGACAGAGGUACCCAAGCAAUCGACUUUUGUACAAAGUCUUCCUAUGGUAACUCAUCUGGUGAUCCAUCGGUUUUUAUUGAACUUUGCCCGAAUUAAAUAAGUAAAAUAUUACUUAUACUAUUUUUGAAAACAAUACAUAUCAUUGGGAAUGAACUCUUUCAGUUGGCCUGGAUGGGGAUAUUAAAAUACGCUAUCAUUUACUUCAUAGUCCGGUGUAACAUUAAUCAUUGUGAAUGGCUUUAUUAAUGUAAUAAAUACGAAGAACAAUACUAUUCAUAAGUGAUAAGAAACGAAUAAUAAUAGGCUUUGGUAUAAUAAUAUAUGAUACAAAAAAAAACUCAGUUUAUCAUAUCUUUUGGAAGAUUUUGGUGGUGACGUCGAUAAUGAAGGGUUUAAUGUACUUUAAAAGCUUAUAGAGCAUAGACUACAUUUGUUUAUUUUUUUAUUAAAAUUAAAAUAUAACAUAGAUGUAUAGAGGCAUAACACUUUAGUUCUCAGGAAUGGCAACGCAUGAAGGACAUCAUGGAUGACGCAGUAUACUCUAUUAUGCCCAUGGUACAGUUUAUGUCUAUUACCACUUUCCAUCAGGUGGUCCAUUAGCUUAUUUUCCAUUCUAAGUUGCAUAAAAAAGAUAUUUUUAUUUUAUAAUUAUUAAUUAUUAAUAGUUAUUUUCGUUACUAACCGAGCUCCUGGUUUUAAAUCUCAUUUGAAAUAUACUAGGCAUACAUAAGUAAGUAAGUAGUGGAAUUUGUAUCAUAAGUUUAUAUUAUCUAUAGGUACUUAGUUUUUUAUUUAAUAUUAUUGAAUUAUACUGUAUACCUGGUUACCUAUAUAUAUUGUUAUGUAAAUAUUUAUCUAUAACAAUAAUAUGUUUUUAUAGAUAUUUAUCUACAUACAAUAAUAUUAACAUUUGUUGUUAAAAUUAAUAGAUAAUAGAUUUAAAAGCACAGACUUACUACCGUGAAUUCUUCCUUUUAUGAUGCCACUGAAUCUAUUAAUUACAUGUAGUAAUUUUCUUAAUUAACUUACAGUAAUAAUAUCCCUGUUAUGGUUUUCAGCUUGUGGUUUAUAGAAAAUUUUAAUACAUACUAUUUUCAUUUAAGAGUUUCCUCUUGUCGGUGCAACUAAUUCAUGCAUCUUCCUCCAGCCAGCUCUAUCUCAGGCCAUAUCCUUUAUCUCCCUAUACAUACUGCUUCUUCUAAUUUUUACCACAAUUAUAAUUAGUUAUGUUCAAUAAUUAUUAUAUAUGUAAUUAUAAAACAUAACCAAUUAUAAUUAUUAUAAUUUGAUUCAUUAUAUUAAGUGAAACAAAAUAUUAUAUGUCAUUUUUAAUUGUGUUCAGAAAUCUAUUGACGCUUGUAUAAGUAGGCAAUAAAAAAAUAAGAGUAUCAAUUUUCAUUCAGUAUCAUUA